CAUGGCUUGAAAAAGUGGAUUCUGUGAAAAAAAUGCGAGCUGUUCAACAGAGCUUGAUUGACGCGAAGGAGAAGAGAAAACCCAUUUCGUUUUAUGCAUUGGUACAGCAAGAUGACGAGGAUGCAACGGGGUUACGACAUAAAGUGGUUAUCGAAUGUCAUCUCGCACACAAAAGUCAAAAACAGCGGGAGAAAUGGAUAAAGAAGGGAUUUGCCGAGCAGAACCCCCCAGAGACUGGGGAGCUUAUGGCCGCACCUGGCGACAGCUUCGUCGCAGACAUUCAGGGAAAUGUUCGUUUAGAAGAUAGUGCCUCUGCAUUGACAAGAAAAAUUCAGUUCCUGAAAAGUCGCCCAUGUCAGCAAUCUUUUUACGUUCGUCUGCAAGAAAACAUCUACGACCAGGACGAUGCAUUUGGGUACGUUAUGAUUUACAAAUCUCAACAAGAUAAUACCGUGACAGACGAGAUUGCAAGACUAAGAAUUAUGGUCAAACCUCCCAAAAAGGCCGAAGAUUUACCAUCUUCUCCGGUACCGUCCGUGACAUCAGUGAUUAAGAAAAAGAAAAAGAAAUCGAAGUCUAAGAAAAACGCGCAGCCACAGGAUCUUAAGAUGAAGUCGCAUAGAGGGUCAGUUCAUUCCCUAAAUGAGCGGGGUGGAUCUGUGACAGAUUUCUUUGCACGCCGAGAUUCGUUGUACAGGGCUCCUACACAGGUGUCCAUUAAAUCGCCCAAGGACGCUUAGAAAACUGUAGAACAGAUCCAUUUGUUUGACAUAUAAGCAAAUAAAUCAAUAAAACAAUACGAUAUUAUGCAAUAGUCAGUUUAAGAUUGUCGAUAAAUGUAAAGAUUUACAUUUCCUUAUUUAUAUAAACAUUGGUUUCGUAACGAAUAAAUGCAACUCAAUGUAUUAUGAAGGUACUUUAUGGACACUGUCUAUAUUUUAACAUAAUGUGUUGUUUUUUUCAUUCAAUAUUCAUUUAACAAAUGCUGAGGGUCAUCUUUUCGUUACGUUGUUAAUACAGCUCAUUGGGUCAUUGUCGACC